AGGUCUCCACACCUCUCUCAGCAGUUACUCCCUUUAUCUAUUCCUUGGGUCAAAACUUUUGAGGUGGGCUGGCUGCAUAGCCGCGGGGGAGAGGGUAAACUGGGGCUCGCAGGUUGGAGGAGCUUCAGCACCGCGGCCAGCGCCCACUGCAGCCCAACCCACUCUCUUGAGCUCCCGGACUCCUAGCUCUGAGAAUGCCUGCGGAAUGAUCGCCCCCCAGGGCGGCUGCCGCCGCUGCCGCUGCUGCUGUUAUUGCUACUGCUGCCGCCGCCUCUGCUUCCACUCUGCUCUGACUGGCAGGCAGAAAGUGCAACUGAGGAGGGAAAGGUCUCUGCAGUGAGUGGAGUGCCUACAUAAAAGAGAGUAAAGAGGGGGCAAAAACCCAGAGCAGAAUGCGGGCGACGUCCAGCCUUCUCAAUCUCCUGCUGCUGUCUUUGCUUGCUGGAUUAGACCCUUCCAAGACUCAGAUUAGUCCUAAAGAAGGGUGGCAGGUGUACAGCUCAGCUCAGGAUCCUGAUGGGCGGUGCAUUUGCACAGUCGUUGCUCCAGAACAAAACCUGUGUUCCCGGGAUGCCAAAAGCAGGCAACUUCGCCAGCUACUGGAAAAGGUUCAGAACAUGUCCCAGUCUAUUGAGGUCUUAAACUUGAGAACUCAGAGGGAUUUCCAAUAUGUUUUAAAAAUGGAAACCCAAAUGAAAGGGCUGAAGGCAAAGUUUCGGCAGAUUGAAGACGAUCGCAAGACACUUAUGACCAAGCAUUUUCAGGAGUUGAAAGAGAAAAUGGAUGAGCUCCUGCCCUUAAUCCCCGUGCUGGAACAGUAUAAAACAGAUGCUAAGUUAAUCACCCAGUUCAAGGAGGAAAUCCGGAAUCUGUCUGCCGUCCUCACUGGAAUUCAGGAGGAAAUUGGCGCCUAUGACUAUGAGGAGCUACAUCAAAGAGUGCUGAGCUUGGAAACCAGACUUCGUGACUGCAUGAAAAAACUAACAUGUGGCAAACUGAUGAAAAUCACAGGCCCAAUUACGGUCAAGACUUCUGGAACCCGAUUUGGUGCUUGGAUGACAGAUCCUUUAGCAUCUGAAAAAAACAACAGAGUCUGGUACAUGGACAGUUAUACUAACAAUAAAAUUGUUCGUGAAUACAAAUCAAUUGCAGACUUUGUCAGUGGGGCUGAAUCAAGGACAUACAACCUUCCUUUCAAGUGGGCAGGAACUAACCAUGUUGUCUACAAUGGCUCACUCUAUUUUAACAAGUAUCAGAGUAAUAUCAUCAUCAAAUACAGCUUUGAUAUGGGGAGAGUGCUUGCCCAACGAAGCCUGGAGUAUGCUGGUUUCCAUAAUGUUUACCCCUACACCUGGGGUGGAUUCUCUGACAUCGACCUAAUGGCUGAUGAAAUCGGGCUGUGGGCUGUGUAUGCAACUAACCAGAAUGCAGGCAAUAUUGUCAUCAGCCAACUUAACCAAGAUACCUUGGAGGUGAUGAAGAGCUGGAGCACUGGCUACCCCAAGAGAAGUGCAGGGGAAUCUUUCAUGAUCUGUGGGACACUGUAUGUCACCAACUCCCACUUAACUGGAGCCAAGGUGUAUUAUUCCUAUUCUACCAAAACCUCCACAUAUGAGUACACAGACAUUCCCUUCCAUAACCAAUACUUCCACAUAUCCAUGCUUGACUACAAUGCAAGAGAUCGAGCUCUUUAUGCCUGGAACAAUGGCCACCAGGUCCUGUUCAAUGUCACCCUUUUCCAUAUCAUCAAGACAGAGGAUGACACAUAGGCAAAUGUUUUCAUUGAUCUAAACAGUGUAAUUUGUGAUAAACUCUAUAGGACCACUUCUGUUUUUUUUUUUCUUUCUUAUUAUUUUUCAUCAUUUCUCCAAAGCAAAGCAUUUUUUAUUGUAAAGUUGGUGUUUCAAAAAAUAGCUGAGCUUGUCUAACUUACCAUGUUGGAAACACAUCUUAACUUCUAAAUUUGCAAGGCCUAUCAUGUCCUUGUCAUAUAAAGCACUAAAAAAAGAGUUUAAGUGACUAAAGUCAUAGUUUUGCAAGAGAUUAAUGAUCUGCCUUAUAUUAGAGUCAGAGACUAAUGGCGGCUUAAAUGCAUGAAUGUCUUUUUUUUUAACUGUCAUUUUUUUCUGUCUUUUGCUCCACAUCAGGAAAUAUUUUGGUAGGAAUUAGAAGAACAAAAAGCACUUUUACGCCAUAUAUUUCUUUAAAAAAAGUAAGGAUUUCAUUUAUAUUGAAAAAUAACAUUAAUCAUUUUGCUGUUAACACAAUUCUCUGAUGCGGUGCUGUACAGUCAUUUUUAAAUCUCUUGCUAACAAUUUAUUGGCAGUAUGUAUUUCUACCAUUGUAACCACCAUUGUGCUAUUGUAUCUCUUCACUUCUGUGAAAGUAAUAUUUUUUAUAAAAUACAUUGAAAUUUAAUCUCAGUAAAUGAGUCCAUUUUCAAGUGUGGUCAAGAAGAAUUUUCUUGGCUUACCCCUUUACAUAAGCAUUAUGACCUAAAAUGAAAACCAAACCAGAUACCUUACAUAGUGUCUUUAUUUUACUCCAAGUUUAUUGGGCCACUGACAUUGAAGGCAAAACCUAAUUUCGUACACCUGAGUUACUCUGUUUACUCCACUGAAUGCAACACAUACAGUUUCUUGAACAAGAUACAGCUGGAUUCUAAAUAUGGAUUUGAGUUGACUCUACUCAUUUAUUAUAUGCACUAAACAAAUUUUGUUCUUCAUAGUUAAAUGUACAAGAAUUUAAUUUAUAUUUUACAUACAACUUGCAAUAAUGAAAUUCCUUAUAUUAGAACCCUGAAAAGCACAUAAGCACAUUUGAAAACUCUAAGAAAAUAAAAUUUCUGUAAUGUCUUCUAGAUUUACAUUAUGAGCCCUCAGGAGUUAUUGGCAAGAUUUGUGCAAAAGAAAAUGAUGGGGAGAUCUGGGAGUUGUCUUUGUGAUUUCAAAAGUGUAAAUAAUCAAUUCAGAAAACAAAAUGGAAAAGCAACCCUUUGCUACCUUGAUUCACUGUAUGAAAAAAAAUAGUGUAACCCAAAGAGAGGAGCUUUACUAAUACUUAUGUUAAUAACUAUAGACGUAUAUGGAAACUAACAUGGAAACGAACAAUCUAAAAAGUAUAUUCUAUAAUAAAUAACAAAUCAUUUUAAAUGAUUAGUUUCACACAUACAUACUACCACCAUUUUCUUUGAAAGAUAAGGAUGUAAUAAUUUAGAUAAAGCAUCAUGUAAAGAAAUCCUAAUAUUUAAAUGUAAUUUAUUUCAAAUGUUACAAGUAAAGCAUCAUCCUCAAAUAUCUCACUGUCGAAAUUGUAGAAUUAAAUAACCCCAU